AUGGAUGCAUUCAGAUCAUAUCUAUCAAUACCAGAACUUCUGGUAUGGUGCUGCAGAGCUACAUGGUGUCAUAAAUAUGCAAGGAAAAACUUCAAAGCUCUCGAUACCGAUCUUAUCGUUGCGACGUAUCCUAAAUGCGGUACAACUUGGUUGAAGGCACUAUCUUUUGCGAUCAUUAACAGAGAUCCAAAGGAUACUCUUGUUUCAUACUGGCAUUUCAUCGCCAAAAUUAGAACCAAGAAUUUGGAAAAUAUUUCACUAGAAGAAUUUUAUAAACAGUUUUGUGAAGGUGUUGUUGAAUACGGAUCCUUUUGGGAUCAUGCUCUAGGGUAUUGGAAAAUGAGCUUGCAGUUUCCUGAAAGAGUUUUGUUCUUAAAAUAUGAGGAACUGAAGAAGGAGCCUAACCUUCAUGUGAUCAAGUUAGCUGAGUUCUUGGGUUACCCGUUUUCGGCAGAGGAAGACAGGGAAGGAGUAGUUGAUGGAUUAUUGAAGUUGUGUAGUUUCGAUCAUCUGAGCAAUUUAGAAGUGAAUAAGAAUGGGAAACUUCCAUCGCUGGGGAUUGGAUGUUGUUAA